GGAUGUUUUUCCAGUCUCCAUCCGCAAAGGAGCCUGCUGGUGUUGGGCAUUGCCUUUCUCCUGGGCAGGGGUGGUGGGGAAAGCCCAGUCCUCCGUGAGUGUGUCCCGGGAGAGGCUGCCCACCCUGCUCCGGACUGACGGUGCCUUCUUCCCCCUGCCAGAGAGAUGUGCAUGGUGAAGGAUUAUUUCUGUCACCGCGUGGCGCUCCAGCUUUUGGAUGUGCUGAACCUGGACGAGCCGUGCCUGGAGGUCCCUGCCAUGGCGUUCUUUGUCAAGCUCCUGGCCUGCCCUGACGUGGUGGAAUUGCACGAGCGUGCCCUGAAGCUCUUCCCGAUGUUCGUGCUCAGCCCGCGCAUUGAGAUGCGUCGCCUGGUGCUGCAAGGGCUCUUCACCCUGAGCCAAAGACCUGAGAUGGCUGAAAGAAUGGGGUUCUUGCUGCCGAAACUCCUGGAGGUCCUGGACGACGCAGACACGGAGGUGGUCGAGAUGACCCUCUCUGUGCUUGGCAAGAUGCUGGAGCAGAGGGACGUGGCAAUUGCUGGCCCUGUCGUCGUGCAGCUGUCUGAGAAGCUGCAGCCGCUCUUUGACAACGUAAGGCUUUGUGCCCCCCAGCACGAGCACUGGAUGCUGCCAGGAAACUUUGCGCCCUGUAGCUUUUCAGCCCGUGCCCGGGCGGGCCUGAGGCAGCCGGUGCUGAGCUCUUGCCCUCUUCCUUGCCAACAGGAGUCCGCCUCCAUCAAAGUUCUCUCCUUCCAACUCUUCCGGGACGUGAUGGAGCUUUUAGUGGCAGUGGACAGGAAGGCAACAAAGAGACAGGUGCGCCGGAACCUGCUGCCGCUGCUCUUCCACGUCUAUGAUGAGAACCAGCCUGUGGCAGAGGCCUCCCGGGAAACCCUGCUUCAAGCCACCGAGCUGCUGAAGCUGAGGAAGCUGAGGAAGAAGCUGAAGAGCGGGCAGAUCUACAAGUUGGGCAAGUGCCUGCUGGCAGAGGACAGGAGCAGAAGAGAAGAUUACCUGUACCAGGCCCUGCCGUACCUGCAGAGCCCCCAGGAGUCCCUGCGAGAGGCGGCCGUCGUGUUUUUUGGGCACCUUGGUCGGAGCGUGAGGGGACAGCCGGAAGAGCAGCAGACCGUCUACCAGGCCCUCAGAUGCGUGACAAACGACAUCAGCCAAUCCGUCUCAGACUUAGCAGCUGAUACCCUGUUUGUCCUGAGAAGUGAAGAAAGCAAUCGUACCUUUGGAUACAGGCUGCAGGUGCUACGAGGGUGGCUCGAGAGGAUGUGGAGGAGAUGAACUUCUCUCCCUGGUGUCUCGUGGCCUCUCCCUGCCCCCCGGCACAGCUCCAUCCUUCUGCUUUGCCUUCCGUCAAUAAACACUCUGGAUUCUUCAUCUCUCACCCGUCCCAGUCCCGCACCGUUGCUCUUUCACCUCAGGGGCUGUACCCGCAACAGCCUUCAAAACGCAACAGCUUGCUCAACAGCCGUUAAAGCGAGGGAGGACUUGGCUUUAAAAAUGGGUCACUGCCUUCUGCUCUGCCAUCACUUAAGCAAACUGGAAUGAGGGAUGAGGAAAAGAAAAA